AUGGCGACAGAUCUCAUCCGAUUCGUGAGGGCUGCCGUGGUUUUGGCGCUUGCUGAGGGCGCCUGCACGGUAUGCGCCCAUCCUAAGUGCGGCUGUGACCUCACCGGCGAGUCCUGGUGCACCGCGGCCAAGCACUGCCACGACGACCUCGACAACUCCAGCGGCUGUCAGUGGGGUGUGGCCUGCUUCAAUGACUCUGAAGCACACCACUGUCACGAACAGACCAACGCGGCUGGCGCCUGCACCUGGGGAGUCUCUUGCUCGUCUGCGUUCGGCGUCCGCAAGCUGUACACGUCGGCUCUCCCCGGCCCGGCCAAAGACUGGGUCAACUCGUGGGACCUGCCUGCAAACAGCAUCAGCAGGGUGGAUGAUUCUGAUAGCAACGACGCCCAGACCUUUUUCAAGGGCAGUGGGCAGGUCGCCUUUGGCGGUGAUGGGACCGCCACGUUUCACAGGUCGCCGCGCCUCUACAUCCGAAGCGGCGGCAGCGGAUGGGAGGAUAUCGAGUUCACGGCGUACGGUCGAUACCGCGCGUAUGGCGACGUUCGGUCGUAUUCCGGUCUCACGCUGGUUGCGCGAACCAACCACGGAGACUACACAGACGGCUGUUCUGCGCCCGGAUACUAUGCGCGCAUCUACACGACGACCGGAGAGGUGGCGUUCCAGAAGGAGUACUAUCACGGCACGAGCGUGGUCUACUCGGCCAGUCGGCGCCUACCCGGCCCCUCCAAUCCGUACGGCGUCGACCUUUCGAGCGGCCUGCCGCUGGACGAGUGGAUCGGGCUCAAGUUUGUUGUGUACACAGCGACAGAUCCGGACGAUGGGGCGCCAGCGGUCCAGCUCAAGCUCUAUCUCGACUUUUCACGGGGGGCGCGCGGCGGUGACUGGGUGCUGGCGCACGAGCUUCUUGACACGAGCGGCAGCUGGAUGGCCACUCGCGCCAUCCCUGACGAGUGCGGCACGGAGGACGGCCACGUCCGCGACGGGGAGCCGAUCUUUGGCGGGCGCGAGUACUGCUUCCUACGCACGGACGGCGAUAGCGACACAGUGGUCGAGUGGGCCAACGCUAGUGUUCGCCACAUAAGUGGCGCUGCGACGCCGCGCACCACGGGGUGCGAGGAUUGAGGCGCCCAAUCGCUCACUGGUUAUGUCUCUAAUGUGGGGCGCGCCGCCCGAGGCGGCGCACAUAUCAUUCGGCACUUUUGCAUGCUCUGCACCUCGCAAGGUAGGUAAGGUAAGGUAAGGUAAACUUCUCCACAAGCAAUCUACGUGUGUGUGGCUG